AUGAUGGAGAGGUUCGAUUUUAACUAUUCCAUCAACACGAGUGACUUGCAACUUGGAAGGAUGGCAUUGGAACACCAUCAUCGGAAUAUGGCGUCCCUGGAGAAUGAUCCAGAUCGUGUGAACGACGGGCGUGAGUUUCUGGAUCGACCUUUCGCUGGUAUAGCAAUACUGGCUGGAUUCUUCCUUCUUAUCACUAUUAUUUUAUGUAUUUUGAUAUUGAUUUUUUACAAAAAACGGAAUACUGUGUUUGUUUAUGAGAAGAGUGUACACCGUGGACUGACCACUUCGUUGGGAGACCGGUCCGUUGUGAUUGGUCACGCAUCCGGAGCUCGACAUCUUGCAAGUCAGUAUGCUUACAACUCUGAGGUAGGCAGCACGGAAGAUGAAAGUACCGAAGACGACUCGUGUGACGGCUGGGAGGUAAUACAAGCCACUGCUCAAAGUAUGUUCCCCUCAACUCCUGACUACUGUCCGGCACACCCUACUCGCGCGGCUUACAAUAUCAGACCGAACGAUCAGCUGAUCGCCAAUUUCCAAGUGCUUCGACAACACUAUCCGGAAGGUUCUAUUUGUGUGGAAGUCCAAGACCACAUUCCAGACCGUCACUUUGAGACAUUGAACAAGAAUGGAGCAGUGUGUCGUUCGGUGGGUCGACGAAGGCAUCAACUCCAAGCUCAAAAUAGACACUUACCCCUAGUUUGUGAAAAGUACCAUUUCAAUAUGACAAAGCCAGUCAAUCAAGUCAUUUCAACAUUUCACCAUUCCGUAUCUACCGAAUCAGAGCCCCCUAAGCUGGUGCCCGAUAUUCCCACAAUACAGGGGUUGUAUGGGGAAGAACAAUGGUGGAUCAAUUGCAUCAUCUCAAACAACAUUUGCAGCAUAUUAACAAACUCGCUUGUAGAUAAUGCGACGUUGCGAGAUAACCUCAGGCAGGAACACGCCACAAAGCAUAAUGCAGACAAGCUUAAUCGAGUGAAGUAUUCUGGAACCCGCUGGUCCCAACAAGAGUCACGAUCGCUCUUGCAACUCGUUACCAAUUCAUACAUCUUGUGGCACGCAAACUGCGGCGAUCAUGAGGCUGGAGCAGUAUCUUCCUGUUCAUUUAGCCAUCAGCACCGAACCCAGGUUGCGAAUGCCUUACUGGCAAACACAACGGCACCAACCAUCAUCUGGUGGACCUGA